GAUGGGAGCUUGGUAAAUUUACCCGGUAAAUUUUACCGGUAAGGUAAAUUUACGUAAAUUUUACCGAUAUUUUUUUUACCCGGUAAAUAUUUUUUACCGUUCUAAAAAUCGAGUGACCACUUAUUUCAAAUGUUUUUAUGUGAACAUUAACACUAGUAACAUUUCUAUGAGGUUAAUGUUAUCCGUAGACCGUAGUCGAUACGUCAAUAUACCUAAUUAAUAUUACGAGAAUUUGGUAAAACCAGUUCAAAUUAUCACCAUUCCAUCCAUUCCCCGAACGUAGUAUACAAAACACAAGUACACUGUACACUAUAAAUAACUUACCAACCACAGCGACCGUUCACGCUGCGUAUACCUAAUUAUAUUUAUAUAAUAAUUUAUAGUAUGUGAUUAUUGAUUAAUGAUAACUGAUAAGUGAUAACUGAUUUUUUGCUUCAUUAUUUGUGUUGUUAAUUUAUGUUAGUUCUCAUUGUUCAAAAUAUUUUAUAUUAUAAUUUCUAAUGUACUAAAAUAAUGAAGCCGAAAGAAAUCAAAAAAAGGUGCUACACAAAAGUAGAAAUUGAAGGAAAAGAAAGAUAUGCGUGCAGAUAUUGUAAUAAAAAUUAUAAAGAAAAUGUAACAAGAAUGACAGUGCACAUUAAAAACGAGUGUAAAGAAGUUCCACAGUGUAUUUCAAAAUCUUUAUUGUCGCCUAACAAAUCAAAGUUUAACCAUAAAAAUAUAAAUGCAAUUAAUCAAAAUUCAUUGGAAAUUGUGCCAAAUACUGAAACUGUUAUUCAGAUAACUGAUACAAAUCAGAGUUCCAUUGAAAAUCCUCAGAUUACCCUUAAAAAUCAGAGUUUACUGAAAUUUGUAGAUACAAUGAAAGGAGGAGAAAAGGUAACAUAACUAUUUUAGUUUUAAGCUAUAUAAUAAUAGAAUACAGUUUAAGGCCAAGAUGGGGCUUUAUAGUUAAUACAAUUUUUAUAGUAUUUUCUAUAUAAGAAAUUAAAAAAUGUUAAGUAGGUUCAUAUUCUGGAAAACUUAAAUAAUGUAGAUAUUUUUUAACAAUUUUAAUUAAUGUAUAAAUCAAUCAUUUAUAAUUUAUUAACUGUAGGACCAUUUGGAUGAAUUAUUAUCAAGAGCCAUAUUUACAUCUGCUACGCCAUUCUCAAUU